AACCCUGGCAAAGUGUCACCAAGACGCGUUGCUAUCGCCUCCACCUGCUGCACUUCAGCGUCUGGUUUACCAUCACAGUCAGGAUUUAGGAAAUGAGGGAAAGUAACAGCGGGAGUUCGUGACAAACACCACACGCGCAAAAUCCCACCUCAGUGUCAGGCUAUCGCUGGGAACGUUCUGUUUAUACGCGCUGUUAUUGACGUGGGAGAACCAAAGCGGAGACCCGCUCCGUGGACCUGAGCUCACAUUCACUGAACAAAUCGGGCAUUGAGCGUGGACUCUAUCGCACACGCCGUGUAAGCCGAGAGCGCUUUGUGUCUUUCAUUCAUCCCGGGUGAAGGCUGCCGCUUCCCCUCACACUUCCACCUCGUCCUCCUCCUCCUCUUCCUCUUUCCUCACGCCGGGAGAGAAGUCCUCUCCGUCUGAUCUCCGCUGUGGCUUUACGGUCCGAGUUAAGUGGAUGAUAUCAACAGAGCCCGGCGCUCCUCUCACCUCCUGCGCGGCACCGCGGACCAGAUAAGUCGCCGGGGGGACAACCGGCGCGUCACGACGUAAAAGCAUCGGGAAAAGGAGUCUGUUAUUUUUUAUUUUCUCAGAGGGCACGACGCGGUUUGAGGCGAGAUAUACAACAGAAAUGUUUAUCUGGAUGAAGCGGAGUCCCCCUGAGUUCUGAGGGAUUUUAAGAAACAGGUGCGGUACGGGAAUACAGACAGGACAGCUGGCGGAUGGUUGUCGGCUUCGAGGAGAGAAGUCUCUGCCUCUGCGCAAGGUUCAGAUGAAGAUGAAGUCUGCGGGCGUCGUGGAUGGAGGUUUAUUCACAGAGAGCUAUUGCAACAUCUGCAAUGCUCAGCUCAUCUCCGAGUCCCAGCGCACCGCUCACUAUGAGAGUAAGAAACACGCUAACAAGGUGCGUCUGUUCUACAUGCUUCACCCUGAAGAUGGAGGACCACCUUCCAAAAGACUGAGGCCAGAUAACCCAGACUGUGCAGAAACAGAAGUAGACAGAAACAAGUGCUGUACCUUGUGCAACAUGUUCUUCACCUCCGCCAUCGUGGCCCAGUCCCACUACCAAGGGAAAACACACGCCAAGAGAGUGCGCCUAGUGCUUGGGGAAUCACCAAACCUACAUACAGCCAUAACCAGCCCUACAAACACAGAUUCCUCACCUUCCACCCCGCUGCCCACAGACCCCAACGCUUCCCCUGCCUUACCCUGGCCAACGCCAGAGCUCAGUGGAAACGGUGGCAGAGAGGCUGGGAAGUACUGCUGCCUGUGUGGAGCCUGGUUCAACAACCCUCUGAUGGCCCAGCAGCACUACGAGGGGAAGAAACAUCGCAGAAAUGCCGCCAGGGCCCGCCUCCUGGAGCAGCUAGCAGGCAGUCUGGAUGCCACAGAGAGCACAGGGCUGCGCAGUAGUUACUCUUGCAGCGUCUGCAGUGUGGUCCUUAAUUCCAUCGAACAGUACCAUGCACACCUCCAGGGCUCCAAGCACCAGAACAACCUAAAGCAACACCAGCAGUAAGUCAGACCACACGGGAAAGAAGAAGCAACGAAGACAGAUUGGGAGAAACUACUUUGGAAAAAAAAGGACUUCGUACCAGAAAGUAGUGCAGAUUUACUGCAGUGUCUCUGCUUGCGUACGUGUGUGUGUGUGUAUAGGUGUGUGUCAUGGGCAUCUAUGCACAUAUCUAAAGUGAGUGUAUGUAGGGAAUAACGGUGUGUUCAUUUCAGUGUUCGAGGUGUAUUCAGCACGUUGUGUUUGAUUGUUGAACGGCCUGAACGAUCUUCAGAAGACUUGCAACUGAGGAUUACCACGUAGUUCCUCUGUGAACCACAAUCAUAAAUUAAACUGAUGUCACUGCAUUACCCAGACUGGUAAUAAUCAUGAAGUUUAUCGCCACAGAACAGGAGUACUAAUAACUCUGUGAUUAGUGGUGAUCCAGGUGUUCUGACAGUGAUUUGAGUCUGGAUAUGAUCCUUUAUGUCUUUGUGUUUCUAAUACAGUGCCUUGCAAAAGUAUUCGUACACUUUGAACCUUGUCCGAUCUUCUUACAUUAAAACCACAAUCAAAAAAGCAUUUAUGACAAGUUUAAUAUAAUAUUCUGAGUUGGAGGAUCUCAAAACUCUGACAUCUUUUUCCUCAGCAUAACUACUUCAAGUCCUGUGGGCCAUGUCACUUUCCGCUACACACAUCCAGAAGGGAAAACUCUCUCUAUGUGCUUGAUUUUCUUUUCAAACUACUUCAAGCUUAGUCAGAUUUGAUGGGAUGCAAUUGAACUUAGUAUUCAGUAUAUUAGAGAAUGUGUUCGGAUGUGUUUCUGUUGGAAACCUUAAAGCGUUGAACAUACUUUUAAUUAAGUUCACAUUUCUCUAUAUUUUUUUUUUCUAUUGGUCUCAAGUUCGUUUCUAAAACGCCAUGCCUUAAUUCAUUGAAAGCACAAAAAAACCUCAGAAUUAAUAGAAAUAAAAGCUUGGGAACAUGAGUCUGUGUGUAAUUAAUCUACUUUCUUAGUGAAAGUUGAAAAAUUCAACUUAAAAAUGUGCUGAUUUAUUGGAUAUGACUAUUUAUAAGUCUUGACACCAGUACAGAAUGUAUGUAUAUGUGCAUGCCACACUUCUCUGUUUCAUUUACAGUUUUUAAAGCCAUCCAUUGUUUUUCUUCUACUUCACAAUUAUGCAGUACUUUGUACAGAUUAAUGAUAUAAAACCUUGAUAAAAUGUAAAUGUUACAGUUCUGACAUGGCAAAACACGAAAAGCUUGAAUGUGUACGUCUGCUUUUGCAAGGCGCUGUAAUGCAGCGAUGAGUUUGAUGACGGUCAGGCUGUAUGCACGGUUCACUUUCAGACCACUUGAAACCUACUCAGGCCCAGACUUUAAAGUCUAAGAGCAAGAAACUCCCCUGUGACCUCAGCCACGACUGACUGCAUGACUUGCCAUAGCUUCAAACAAAGAAAUGUUUUUGUUUUGAACAUAGCAAUGCCUGUCAGUGUUGUGGAUUGGUCUGUUUUCAAUAUAUGUCUCCCUCCUAAUCAGAAUCUGGAGAAAAAGGGUAAAUGAGCAAAGAGACUCUGAGUUUUACUGUUGAUGAGAAUCUGUGGAUCAUCUACUGUUGAAAACAUUCCCACUGCACUAAGUAUUGAUGUCAAAUGCAGGUUGGAGGUGACAGAAGCUCUCUCUGUAAAGGGCAAUAUGUAGAUAAUAUUUCUAUAUUUUAUUUUGGUUGCUAUAGCCAGAGGAAAACAAGCUUCCCUCCAUAUUCAUGUAGCACCUAAUACAACUGGGAUUGUUUUCGAUGCAUGCAACCAUUGCAUUGAUUUGCGUGUAUUGCGUGUUUUGACUGUAGUGCUGCUUUUUAGGAAUAGCUUUGUAAUGCAUUACAGCAUAUGCUUGCAAUGGAACUUAAAGGUCACUUUCAGAAGUGAUUUAUUCAUCCAACAACGGAAAACAGUUUGAUACUUAGAUAUUAGACCUGUCACUGCAGCAUAAUGGCCUUGUGUUGUUUCUUCUGCCAGACAGUUUUAAUAGAGAAUUCAAAGCUUCUUUCAGUGAACAAAGAUGGGAUGGAUGUAUUAGCAAGGAGAAUAGUAGUGACUCUUAUUUUUCUAUCAGCUUAUGGAAAAACUAAGAAGAAAUAUCCUGAGCUGUCACAGUUCCAGGGAAACGUUUACAUACACUCAUCAUUGCCAUCUUUUGCCCUUUAAAAUCCAUAUUUAAGCUGGAUUGAUCAAACUAAAUUAUCACACAAGUGAACAAAUAUACUGUUUAUUGUGGAUUUUCUUAGAUCCAGAUGUUGACCGAUUCAAAAAUAUACAUUUGAUCUUGGUCAUAUUUUGGUUAGAAUAUUGCACUUGGAGAAGAUCCUCUUUCUAGCCAUCAACAAACUUCUUGCAUAAUUCUCGCUUGAUGUUGGGCAUCUUGUUUUUUUUCAGAAUUUUUGAAUCAGAUUGAAAAAUAAUUUACAACAGGUUGAAAAUUUGAUGUUCCUGUUUGUCUGUUUUAUCCACCUCCAGGCCAGUUUUGAUGCAUAUUUGGUAUCAUUUUAUGUUGGAAAUUCUAGUUGUGUCCAUGUUUCAAAAACCUUUAAAUAUAGUCAGAGACAACACAAAUAGAAUUUAACACAAAAUGCAUUUUAUAACGGAGUAAAAAAUGCAAACCUACAUGGUCCUGUGUGAAAAAGGUUGUUUUUGUUUUCUCCGUUAAUUCUAUUUCCACCACAGCCGAGACUGUGUGAAGUUUCAGACCUUCACACUGACUCCUCCAAAUGUUCGCACCACUGCAGCUAAAAUAGCUUAGCCUUUGUCUCCUCGGACCACAAAACUUCAGAAGGGAUUAAAGAGCAGCGCCGUCUUUCUUGGUCGACAUCUAUUUAUUGAAUAGUAAACUAAAACUCCCUCUGGUGAAACUGGUGCUCCAGCAAUUUUCAGUGUGUUAUUAGCUACAUAAAGUCUGUUGUCAAGAUGCAACUUGUUAUUUGACAGCGUGCAUAUUAUUAAGCAUGUGUCUAUAAUUUGGACAAUUUCCAGAUUAGAAAAAUAAAAUCAAAAGUUGUUCAUAUAUUUCUUGUUUAUAAAAUAUAAUCAUAAUCAGCAGUGAUUCUUGCACUUUGCACCCAUGUGCCCGCAGCAAUUUUAGUUUAUCAGAAAAUCAAAGAUUAAUUAAUUAAUCUAUUUGACGCUAGUCUAGUACUUUACAGGUGACACAACCAAAUCAGUAAGUGCAUUAGAGAUGAUUAAAUAUGUAUCAGAUUCUUUUUAAAAAACUGCGAAAUGGCUCUGUCGCUUUGUACUAACUUUGAGAGUCAUUGGUCAUGAUGUAAAAUAUCAGGGGAUGAUCCUUACGUCACUCACAUAGAAUUGGGGGAAAAGGGAAGUUGUCAUAUCAUCAGCUGAACCAUGUUGUCAGGUGCAGCUGACAAUAUUUUCUUUUCCGCUUUUUAACGUUGCCUGGCCCCAGGUCACGCCGACUAGGUGGGGACAAGCGAUUAACGAUAUUGAUGCUAAGAUAAGUGUAUGUAAACUUAAAGACUGGAUCUGCAUUUUGGUUUUAAUAGUGUGAAAAAAAAGUAAAAACUAUUUUUUUCUUCAUUUUCUUCUUUUUAUUUGUUUUUACAAUGAGCAGCGUUAACCACUCUGAACCUGUUUUGGAAAGAUUUCCGUCUGAGACGUGGGGGAGUUACAGUUUUUUUAAGCAAUUGUGCCGUGAGAUCAACAACCGUGGAGUGUGGGCUUGAAAUCAGAUAGUUUAUCUAUGAAAAAAGCAGUGUGUGUUCUUUAACAAUAGCAGCAGGUGAAACUUGUGUUUUAAAAAGAAGAGUUUUGUAUUUAUAGUGUUUAUCUGCACUGAGCCAAGAGUGGUAAUGUUUCUUAUUCUAUUAAUGAGAAUUAUAAUAUGCAGGCACUGGAAUAAAAUCAUUUGAUGAGU